CGCACGCGGUAGGCCACUUCUAUAGGAUCCUACCUUCUAUGAAAAAUCUAGUCACCCUAGAACCGGCUAUCAUUAUCAAUGUCAAAAUUGUCAAAAACAAAACAAGUUUCGUAUUUCGCUGGAAAGUUCACUUGAACCACCACCAACAAGUUCACAUUCACUUUAUCCUUCGAAUACAUUCUACUAGAUCUACAGACUGGCGACUGCCACAUCAUACGAUUUCUGAACCUGGGAAUACAAUGAUCCGUGGAGUACAUAAAGUUUGUGGCCAUAAUGCUUUUAUAUUGGAGCCGUAUAUGAGCUCGCUUCAGCUGUCUACCCACUUGACUUCUGCCAAGACUUACUCCACUGCCCAGAAACUUCCUCGGCUACCAGUGCCAAAGCUUGAUGAUACUUUGAGUAAAUAUUUGAAGACUGCCAAGCCACAUUUGAACAAUGAGGAGUAUGAUGUCACUUGCAAUCUUGCUAAAGACUUUGCUACUGGAGUUGGACAGGAUUUGCAGAGUUUGCUAGAAAAAAGAGCACAACAGCACACAAAUUGGCUUGAGGAGUGGUGGCUCAACACAGCAUAUUUGGAGUACCGGGAUCCUGUUGUAGUGUAUUCCAGUCCUGGCCUGGUAUUUCCAUUCAGGAAGUUCAACAGUCAGCUUGACCAGUUGCAGUAUGCAGCAAAAACAUUGCUGGCUGCACUUGAUUACAAAUCCCUAAUUGACAAUGACAAAAUUCUAACUGAGAUGAUGGGCAAAAACCCAUUGGACAUGCAACAGUAUAAGAAAAUAUUUGGAACAUGUCGGAUCCCUGGUCUUAAGAGAGAUUCAUUGUCAUAUAAUACUACCAGCAAACAUGUUACUAUCAUUCAUAACAAUCAUAUCUUCCAUGUUGAUCUCUGGGGAAAUGAUGGUAAAGUUCUUAAUGAAGAUCAAAUAGUGCAGCAGCUGCAGAAAGUAAUAGAAAUGUCCAAUGCUCCCUCGCAAGAUGGAAUUGGUAUUCUCACUUCGGAAAACCGAAAUGCUUGGGCUAAAGCUUAUGAUGUACUAAUAAAAGAUAAUCAAAAUAAAGAUUCGUUGAAGGAUGUGCAAUCAAGUCUAGUGGUACUUUGUUUGGACAAGCCUGUGGGGCUGUGGAAGGCGGCAGACAAAAAUGGCCGUCAAAACAUUGCUGGCGCGCAGACCAUCCACGGAGGAGGCGCGGGACUCAACGGUGGAAAUCGAUGGUUCGACAAAACAGUGCAGUUUAUAGUCGGUGCUGACGGCGUGACAGGGCUGACUUACGAGCACUCCCCAGCCGAGGGCCAACCUAUUGCCGUGCUAACGGACUUCCUCAUCGAUUUCAUUUCACUGCUGGACGCUCUUCAAGGGCUCGGCGUAGAUCGUCACCUUCUCGGGUUGAAGUUGAUCGCACUGGAGAACGGCGUCGAUAUACACAAGCUGUACUCCGACCCGGGAUACGUCAAGAGUACCCACAUGCGACUGUCCACCAGUCAGGUGGCGUGUAAAUGUGACGGCUUCAUGUGCUACGGCCCUCUAGUCAGCAACGGUUACGCGACGUGCUACAACCCGCGCGACAACGACGUCAACUUCGCCACGUCGGCCUUCAACGACAACCCAGAGACCAGCUGCGACAAGUACAGGGGCGCCUUGGAACAGGCCCUCCAAGAUAUGCACGACGUGCUCCUGCUUAGCACACAGGCUAAACUGUAAACAUUUAGUUGCAUAUUCUGUCCAAAUAAUCUUGAGCGCAAUAUAUAAAGCUACCAGUUACAAUUGUACAAAUGUAAAGUGGCAACACUGAGCGAAACGCCGCUCGCCAUCGGUCAUGCGUGUGUCGAACGUAUAUAGCUGUAUGAAAUGGGGUCUAGAUUGUUAAAUUUGGUAGAACUACUUGAAAAAGACUUGUGAAGAAACUUUCUCUUUAAAUAAUACUGUGAUCCUUUUCAUUAGGAUCAAAUUGUAAUAUGUAAUUUUGAUACUGGUGUUAUUCUGAUUGGUAUUUGGUAACUGAUAAACACAUUUUUAAAAUAUGUUAUAGAAGUUUUACACAACUACUAAUUUUAAGUAUAAAUGGAAUAUCAUAUUGCUAUCAGAGCCUACUAUUAAACUUAAAAUAAUUGCCAGGUAAGACUU